AUGACUUCUAACACGACUAGUGUCAUUACUACUGACGCUGGUGCCGCUAAUAGCAGUACCAGCACUGAAGGCUCUGUGAGAGAUGACCUCGAUUCAAUCUCGCAAAGUGUUGUUGCUACCCCAAUGAGUUCACGGGGGAAGCCGAAGAAGGCGGAUCUGUCAACUGCUUCAGAGGCUUCAUCCCCUCUAGGGGAAAUGUCCCCUAAGAAGGAUACUUGGGCUAGCAGGACCUUCGCCCCUGGUUCGUCAUUCACGGCGACUAUUGCUGUUGUUAAGGCUACUUUGGGUGGCGCCAUUCUGUCCAAUACCUAUGAGAUGGCAAUUGGUGGUUAUGUUUCUGCUAUUGUCUUAUUGAUGGUGUUUGCUGUGUUGAAUGUGCUUUCUAUAGAUAUGAUUACUAAGACUGUUGAGAAGACGGGCAAGACUUCGUACGCUACCAUCAUAGAGCACCUUUAUGGUCGUAAGGUGCUGUACGGCUUCCAGAUUGCUAUGGUUGUCUUCUGUUUGGGUAGCAGUGCCUCUUAUUUGGUAACUGUUGUCGAUUCAUUGGCACCAUUGUUCAAUCAGCUCACCAUCGAUGACCCCAAUGCUUGGUAUCAUAUCAUGUUAACCUCGAGGUAUUACUUAUCCCUCAUCAUGUUGGGUAUCGUCAUGUACCCAAUCUGUCUGGUUAAGAGUCUCGGCUCCUUGAGGUACCUCACUAUUGUUAGUAUUCUCGGUAUGUUCUGGUUGGCUAUCGUAGCCUUCUAUCUCCUCGGUGAAUAUGGUAUGGCAGUUGACUUCAAAUAUGGCCAGGCUUAUGCUCCAAUCAACUGGAUUGAUUGCCUGGAGGGUGUCACCACGUAUAUCUUCGGUUAUUGCAACCAAGCUAAUAUGCCUGAGAUCUACAUGGAGAUGAACCCUAGGAGUGAGAAGAAACUGCACUGGGUCGCCAUCUGGUCUGCCAUCAUCAGCACUCUUGUGUACUUCGCCAUCGCCAUUCCGUUCCUUCUGGUUUUCGGUCCAGAUUCCGAGUCCAGUGUAUUGCUGAAUAUGGCACAAUACAUCGCUGGUGGUGAUGUUGUUGUCAUCAUCGGCUUCAUUUGGAUGGCAAUCGCUUUCAUUGGCACUUACCCGUUCAUGAUAUAUCCCUGUCGUGUCGCCCUCAUCAACACCUUCCAACCAAAGCGUGCUGACUUCUGGGGUGUCGUCGCGGUGACCAUCGCUGUCGUCAUCUCUUAUCUCAUCGAUAUCGCCUUGCCCGAUGUAUCCAUCCUGAUGGGUAUCGUCG